AUGGCUGGCGUUGGUAAGACGACGGUGACGCUGAGCAACGGCGUCGAGAUGCCGCAGUUCGGCCUCGGCGUGUGGCAAUCCCCAGCCGGCGAGGCAACCGAGAACGCCGUCAAGUGGGCGCUGUGUGCCGGCUACCGCCACAUCGACACGGCAGCCAUCUACAAGAACGAGGAGAGCGUCGGCGCAGGGCUGCGUGCCUCUGGUGUGCCGCGCGAGGAUGUGUUCAUCACGACGAAGCUGUGGAACACGGAGCAGGGCUACGAGAGCACGCUCGCGGCCUUCGAGGAGAGUCGACAGAAGCUCGGCGUCGACUACAUUGAUCUCUACCUCAUCCACUGGCCGCGCGGGAAGGAGAUUUUGUUGAAGGAGGGCAAGAAGUACCUGGACUCAUGGCGCGCCUUCGAGCAUCUCUACAAGGAGAAGAAGGUGCGGGCGAUUGGGGUGUCGAACUUUCAGAUCCACCAUCUGGAGGACGUGCUUGCAAUGUGCACUGUGACGCCAAUGGUGAACCAGGUGGAGCUUCACCCGCUAAACAAUCAGGCCGAGCUGCGGGCCUUCUGCGACGCCAAGCAAAUCAAAGUUGAGGCUUGGUCGCCACUAGGGCAGGGCAAGCUGCUCUCCAAUCCGAUCCUCGCCGCGAUCGGUGAAAAGUACAAGAAGACGGCCGCGCAGGUAAUCCUCCGCUGGAACAUCCAGAAGAACCUCAUCACGAUCCCCAAGUCUGUCCACAAGGAGCGUAUCGAGGAGAACGCGAAUAUCUUCGACUUUGAGCUCAGUGCCGAGGACGUGAUGAGUAUCGAUGCUCUCAACACGAACUCACGCUACGGCCCCGACCCCGAUGAUGCACAGUUCUAG